AUGGCACCCAGCCGUACGCGUACCAUGAAAAACAAGCACGCCGCGCCCAAGGGUGCUGGCAAAGGCGGCAAGCGCUCCGACACCGACGGCGUCUCCAAGUCCAAGAAGUCCACCGGCCCCGUCACCUCCAAGCAGGUCAAGGACAAGAGUGUCAGCGCACUUUUCAAGAAGCGCAAGCAAAGAACGUAUACCGAGGCGGAGCUGGGCAUUCCCUCGCUUAACACGGUCACGCCCGUCGGCGUGGUCAAGCCCAAGGGUAAAAAGAAGGGCAAGGUCUUUGUCGAUGAUCGGGAAAGCAUGAACACCAUCCUCUCCAUCGUCCAGGCCGAAAAGAAUGGCCAAAUCGAGUCCAAGAUGAUCAAGGCCCGUCAAAUGGAAGAGAUUCGCGAGGCGCGACGAGUCGAGGCUGAAAAGAAGGAAGACGAGAAAAAAUCAAAACUAGAGGACGUCAAGGACUCGCUGCGCCGCAAGCGCAAGAAGAAGACGUCCGAGGACGACGACGACAAUGUCAAGGAGUUUCUGUCUGCCGGCAGCAAGGCCAAGAAGGGUUCCAAGAAAAAGGUUGCGUUUGCAUGA